UCAUGAUGGCAUCUCUCAUCAGUUCAUUGGACAUCUUCUCAGAAAUGGAGCACUCUCUGAUUGCAUCCUCCUCCAACUUGUCCAGGAUGUUUCUCAAUUCUACUAUACCCAUGAACAACACUGGAAGAAAUUCAUCUGAGCAAUUUGUGGAAAUGAACCUUUAUGACAUCCUGGGGCCAAAACGGUCGCCAUUUUUCCUCCAAGUCACCAGCAUCUACCUACUUAUCUUCUUAACCGGCCUCUCUGGAAAUCUACUUACAUGCGCUGUCAUUGCAAAACACAAAAAGAUGCGUAACCCCACUAACUUAUACCUUGUUAGCCUUGCCGUGUCUGACUUGCUUGUGCUAAUGUUCGGGAUGCCUUUGGAGCUUUACGAUCUCUGGCAAAACUACCCAUUUCCGUUUGGCGAGGGGGGAUGCUACUUUAAGACUUUUCUUUUCGAGACAGUUUGCUUCGCUUCCAUUCUCAAUGUAACUGCGUUGAGCGUGGAAAGGUACAUUGCUGUAGUGCACCCCCUUAAGACACGCUACCUGUCCACAAACCAGCAUGCCAAAAGGGUGAUUUCAGUUGUUUGGGUUGUAUCGAUGACCUGUGCGAUACCCAAUACCUCGCUACAUGGCAUCUUCUACCUACCGGAACAGAAGGAGGAGUCAGCAAUAUGCACUGUGCUCAAACCGUUGUGGAUUUAUAACCUUGUCAUGCAAAUCACAACAAUUUGCUUCUAUUUUGUACCAAUGAUUGUGAUCAGCAUUCUCUACCUGGUCAUGGGUCUGCAUUUGGGCAGGGACCGACGCAACUACAGAGGGGUACUUGACAGCAGCUACAGCAGCCACACUCGUAUCAAAAUCAGUGCGGAGAAUGGACGCAGGAGGCAGGUCAUCAAAAUGCUCUCAAUUGUGGUGGCAGUAUUUGGGGUCUGCUGGGCUCCCUUCCACAUCGAGCGUCUCUUGUGGAGUUCUAUCAGCCACUGGACCGACCUCAUGCAUAACAUUUAUCAGUACGUGCACAUCCUGUCGGGGGUCCUCUUCUACCUCAGCUCUGCAGUCAACCCCAUCAUCUACAGUCUGUUGUCCACGCGCUUCAGGGAGUGUUUCCGAGAGCUCGUCUGUUCGCAUGUUGAUGAUAGCAGCUCGAUCAGAGGCUCCCCGCCCUUUCCUAAAAUCCUCCUCCAUCCCACUCUGUCUGGUUCCAGGGAGGAGAGGGCCCAGGACUGUAACGCAUACCCCCUUUUGUCCCAUAACCUGUCGCUAACCAUGGAGUCCACCAUUCUUACAUGCACAUGCAAAGACUCAGCUACGAUGACCUCUGGAUUUUAA